AUGAGCUGCUCCAGCCGAGCCAGCUUCAAGUCAGCCGCUGCAGCGGAAUCGGCCUGCCUUCGUCAGCAGCAAGCCUCGCUGCCUUCGCUGUUCCCCGUUCCCUUCCACUCCGUUGUUCGUCUUCGCCUCUGCCUCCCCGCAGUCCCUGCAGUCCCUGCAGUCCCCGCUCUUCCACUCCACUUCAUUUCUAGGCUCGGCAGCUUGUCCGUGUCGUGUCGUCCGCCCCUCUUUCUCCCCGUGCCUCUCCGUCUUCCCAUGGGUUCCGACGGGUGCUUCAAGGGCGAUGUGGUGGCGGGGGUAGCGUGUAUGGGGUUGAGCGGGAGGGGGAAGGAGGAGGGUGGUGCCAGGAGUGGCGCGGAGGAGGGGGGCUGGGCCAUGUGGCCUGUGAACGGCGCUGCAGGGGUGGAGAACGGUGUUACAGUGGUGAAGGACGGAUUAGUUCAUCCCCACGCGUGUACCAAUCCCACCAGUGCUGCUACUGGAUGCGCCUAUAACGAGCCUAAGGUGCAGCCUGUAACUGCAGCACCCGGGUCCCACUGCGAGUCCGCUGUGCCGAGGAUGAACCCCUUAAAGCCCAGCAAGCCGGUGGCGUGUGUGCUGGGCAUCGGUACGGCGAAUCCGGACACGAUUCGGCCGCAGGGGCAGUUCGCCAAGGAGUACCUCUCUCGCGUGGGCUGCCACCAUGCUGAGACCCAGGCCAAGUUCGAACGCAUCUGCUACCACACGGGCAUAGACAAGCGCCACAUGGUGCUGCCAUGGGACACCAUCGCCGCCAACCCGUGCCUGCAGGAGUUCGGCGCGCCCUCCCUCGCCAUGCGCCAGGACAUCCUGCGCACCGAGGGCGUCAAGCUCGCCGCUGCCGCCUGCGAACGCGCCCUCGCCGAGUGGGGCGGAAAUAGAGCAGGCGCGGGGGGAGCGGGUGGGGGGGAAGCUGCGUCCGUGGGCAGUGUGGGAGGGGUGGGCGAGGUGGGCGGGGAAGGGGCUGGGGCGGGGGGGAUAACGCACCUGGUGGUGGUGACGGUGAGCGGGGUGCACCUGCCGGGGCUGGACGUGCAGCUGGUGGAGGCGCUGGGGCUGCGCCGCUCCACCCAGCGCGUGCUGCUGCAGAUGCUCGGGUGCUACGCGGGGGUCACUGCGCUGCGCAUCGCCAAGGAUCUCGCGGAGAAUAACGCGGAUGAGGGCGCGAGGGUGUUGCUCGUGUGCUCUGAGCUCAACAGUCUCAUUUUCCAGGCACCGCACGAGUCGCUUCCGGACAGUCUCGUGUGUGCAGCCAUCUUUGGCGACGGGGCAGCUGCCAUGGUCGUGGGGGCCAACCCUCGCACCCACGCCUCCCACGCCGCACCUGCCGCACCCGCCAUACACACCGCACCUGCCGCACCAGCCCUGCAAGUAGCUGCCACCUCUGCACAGCAGCAGCAGCAACAGCAAGGAGGAGGGGCCUCCUCCCCACCGCUCUCCCCCAGCCCACCGGCCGGGAUUUCCCCCGAGAAGCCCAUCUUUGAGAUUGUUCGUGUGGCGGAGUUUUUUCUGCCCGAGACAACGCGGCACAUUGCGGGGGAUCUGACUGAGGCGGGGCUGCUGGUGCACCUGCGGAGGGAGGUGCCGCUGCUGCUGCCCGGGCCGGUGAAAGAUUUCAGUGCUGCCCUGCUGGGACUGGCUGGCGUGGGAUUUGCUGAGAGCUUCUGGGCGGUUCAUCCAGGCGGACGGGCGAUUUUGGAUGCAAUUCAGCGGCAGCUGGGGUUGAAGAAGCAUGCGCUGAAGGCGAGCAGGGAGGUGCUUCGGCAGUACGGCAACAUGUCAAGCGGAUCUGUGCUGUUUGUGCUGGAUGAGAUUCGGAGGAAGAAGAAGUGUGCCGAGCCUCAGUGGGGAGUGGCUUUAGGGUUUGGCCCUGGGCUUCCCCCAUCCAUCGCCCUCGCUUCCCACUCCCAUCACCCUCGCUUCCCCCGCCCAUCGCCCUCGCUUCCCCCGCCCAUCGCCGCCCAUCGCCGUAGCUUCCCCCGCCCAUCGCCCUCGCUUCCCCCUCCCAUCGCCCUCGCUUCCCCCUCCCAUCGCCCUCGCUUCCCCCUCCCAUCGCCCUCGCUUCCCCCUCCCAUCGCCCUCGCUUCCCCCUCCCAUCGCCCUCGCUUCCCCCUCCCAUCGCCCUCGCUUCCCCCGCCCAUCGCCCUCGCUUCCCCCUCCCAUCGCCCUCGCUUCCCCCUCCCAUCGCCCUCGCUUCCCCCUCCCAUCGCCCUCGCUUCCCCCUCCCAUCGCCCUCCUUCCCCCUCCCAUCGCCCUCGCUUCCCCCUCCCAUCGCCCUCACUUCCCCCUCCCAUCGCCCUCGCUUCCCCCUCCCAUCGCCCUCGCUUCCCCCGCCCAUCGCCCUCGCUUCCCCCUCCCAUCGCCCUCGCUUCCCCCUCCCAUCGCCCUCGCUUCCCCCUCCCAUCGCCUCGAUUCCCCCUCCCGUCGCCCUCGCUUCCCCCUCCCGUCGCCCUCGCUUCCCCCUCCCGUCGCCCCCGCUUCCCCUGCCCAUCGCCCUCGCUUCCCCCUCCCAUCGCCCUCGCUUCCCCCUCCCAUCGCCCUCGCUUCCCCCUCCCAUCGCCCUCGCUCCCAACUCCCAUCGCCCUCGCUUCCCCCUCCGGUCGCCCUCGCUUCCCCCUCCCGUCGCCCCCGCUUCCCCCGCCCAUCGCCCUCGCUUCCCCCUCCCAUCGCCCUCACUUCCCCCUCCCAUCGCCCUCGCUUCCCCCUCCCGUCGCCUUCCUCGCUCCCAUCGCCAUCUUCCCCUUUGCUUGUUUCCCCCUGCUCAUUCUCCUUCCCCCCGCUCACUCUGUUUCCCCUGCUCAUUCUUCCCCUUUGCUUGUUUCCCCCUGCUCAUUCUCUUCCCCCCAGCUCACUUUGUCUCCCCUGCUCAUUCUCUUCCCCUUUGCUUGUUUCCCCCUGCUCACUCUCUUCCCCCCGGCUCACUCUGAUUCCCCCUGCUCAUUCUCCUUCCCCUUGGCUUGUUUCCCCCUGCUCAUUCUCUACCCCUUUGCUUGUUUCCCCCUGCUCAUUCUCCUCCCCCCCGCUCACUCUGUUUCCCCUGCUCAUUCUUCCCCUUUGCUUGUUUCCCCCUGCUCAUUCUCUUCCCCCUGGCUCACUUUGUCUCCCCUGCUCAUUCUCUUCCCCUUUGCUUGUUUCCCCUGCUCAUUCAGUUCCCCCCUGCUCACUCUGUUUCCCCCUGCUCAUUCUCUUCCCCCCUGCUCACUCUGUUUCCCCCUGCUCACUCUCUUCCCCCCUGCUCACUCUGUUUCCCUCACUCUGUUUCCCCCUGCUCAUUCACUUUCCCCCUGCUCACUCUGUUUCCCCCUGCUCAUUCUCUUCCCCCCUGCUCUCUCUGUUUCCCCCUGCUCAUUCUCUUCCCCCCUGCUCACUCUGUUUCCCCCUGUUCACUCUCUUCCCCCCUGCUCACUCUGUUUCCCCCUGCUCAUUCUCUUCCCCCCUGCUCACUCUGUUUCCCCCUGCUCAUUCUCUUCCCCCCUGCUCACUCUGUUUCCCCCUGCUCAUUCACUUCCCCCCUGCUCACUCUGUUUCCCCCUGCUCAUUCUCUUCCCCCCUGCUCUCUCUGUUUCCCCCUUCUCAUUCUCUUCCCCCCUGCUCACUCUGUUUCCCCCUGCUCAUUCUCUUCCCCCCUGCUCACUCUGUUUCCCCCUGCUCAUUCACUUUCCCCCUGCUCACUCUGUUUCCCCCUGCUCAUUCUCUUCCCCCCUGCUCUCUCUGUUUCCCCCUUCUCAUUCUCUUCCCCCCUGCUCACUCUGUUUCCCCCUGCUCACUCUCUUCCCUCCUACUCGCUUUGUUUCUUCCUGUUCACUCUAUUUUCCGCUGCUCAAUCUGUUCCCCCUUUCACUCACCCCCAUUUCCAACCUCGCAGGGUACAAGUCCCAGCACCAUGGCCCAGGGUUUAUUGCAUGCAGUGUAGCAGAGACAAGAGUGGGUAUAAAACAUUACAUUUCCAAGCUGUCUUCUUCGUGUUGA